UUACACUCGUACCAAUUUGCUAGCUUGCGUCUACUAGCUAGCGGUCUGUUUAGUUGUGUGUGUGUGUUUGAUGUGGUGUGGAGGAAAGAGGAGAUGUGGUCAUUUUUUGCCAGAGAUCCUGUCAAAGACUUUGCCUAUGAAAUUCUGCCAGACUGUCAUGAGAAGUCUGGAAUAUGGACUCUACACCGGGGGAAGAGAAAGACCAAUGGCGAGCCGGUGUCGGUGUUUCUGUACGAGGUAGCGCAGGGGACAGAGCAGCAGACCCAGCUCGCCAAGGCUGCCUUCAAGCGUAUGAAGACACUGCGGCACCCAAACAUCCUGGCUUAUGUGGAUGGAUUGGAGACAGAGAAGAGCCUGUACCUGGUCACUGAGCAGGUGACUCCCCUGGCCAUCCACCUGAAGGCCCAGGCAGAGAAAGGGGGAUCAGGGGAACUGGAGGUCUCCUGGGGCCUGCACCAGAUAGUGAAAGCUCUGAGUUUCCUGGUCAACGACUGCCACCUGCUACACAACAACGUGGGUGUAUCGGCUGUCUUUGUGGAUCGAGCUGGGGAGUGGAAGCUCGGCGCCCUCGACCAUGUGGCCCCUGAGCAGGAGGACCCAACUGGGGUCUCCCUACCUACCCCCAAAGCUGUUUACCCAGACAUGGAGAGAUAUGACCCACCAGAGAUGUCCAAUAACACUGGAGAGAAAUGGGCGGGGGAGGUGUGGCGGCUGGGCUGCCUGAUCUGGGAGGUGUUCAACGGGACGCUACCUCGCACAUCCUCGCUCCGUUCACUCGGAAAGAUCCCCAAGGCCCUGGUUCCUCACUACUGCGAGCUGGUGGGGGCCAACCCCCGCGCCCGGCCAAACCCAGCCCGCUUUCUCCAGAACUGUAGAGCCCCCGGGGGAUUCCUCAGCAACAGCUUUGUGGAGAGCAACCUUUUCCUGGAGGAGAUACAGAUCAAAGAGCAGGCUGAGAAGCAGCAGUUCUUCCAGGAUCUAAGCGACAAUUUGGACUCCUUCCCCGAAGACUUCUGUAAACACAAGGUCCUGCCUCAGCUGCUCACCGCCUUCGAGUUUGGCAAUGCGGGAGCCGUAGUCCUGACACCGCUCUUCAAGGUGGGGAAGUUCCUGUCAGCAGAAGAGUACCAGCAGAAGAUCAUCCCUGUAAUCGUGAAGAUGUUCUCCUCCACAGACAGAGCCAUGAGGAUACGACUGCUGCAGCAGAUGGAGCAGUUCAUCCAGUAUCUGAACGAGGCAGCGGUCAACUCCCAGAUCUUCCCUCACGUUGUUCACGGCUUCACAGACACCAACCCUGCCAUCAGAGAGCAGACUGUUAAGUCCAUGUUGCUGCUGGCUCCCAAGCUGAAUGAGACCAACCUGAACCAGGAGCUGAUGCGUCACUUUGCCCGGCUGCAGGCCAGAGAUGAGCAGGGCCCGAUCCGGUGCAACACCACCGUCUGCCUGGGCAAGAUCGCCUCCUACCUCAAUGCCGGGACUCGCCAACGUGUUCUGAUUUCCGCCUUCUCUCGAGCCACUAAAGACCCGUUCCCCGCUUCACGCUCAGCCGGUGUGCUGGGCUUCGCCGCCACACAUAACUUCUACAGCGUAACAGAGAGUGCUUCCCGAAUCCUCCCCACCCUCUGCGCCAUCACUGUGGACCCCGACAAGAGUGUCAGGGACCAGGCAUUUAAGGCCAUCAAGAGUUUCCUUACCAAGCUGGAGACGGUUUCAGAAGACCCCACCAAGCUGGCAGAAAUAGAAAAGGAUGUAGCGUCGUGUGCUCAGCCUGCAGGAGCCUCUUCCACCUGGACCGGUUGGGCCGUGACGGGCAUGUCCACCAUCACUUCUAAACUCAUCCGCAACGCUCCAGGGACGGAAGGGGGUGCAGCCGCUGAGGACGGCGAGUCCACCAACGCCACCAGUCCGACCAGUGCCACUGAUGGAGCCUCGGCACCAGAUAAAACUCCUGAAUCCUCUGCGUCUCCCCCUGCUGCCUCUAAUCAUGCCAACCAAUCACCCACUCAUGAGGUAACGGACAAAAAUGAGGAGCCAAUAGGAGAUCGCUGGGAUGAGGAGGAGGAGGACUGGGGAAGUUUGGAGGAUUCAGAGAGGGCUCACACAGAGCCGGAUGACUGGAACACUGACUGGUCAGGGAUGACGGCGUCCAAAAAGAAAGCCAGUGACAAAGGAGUGGGCCGGUCGUCCUCCUCCAUGGUGGUGAAGAAGCAGAGCGCUGACUGGAGCAGCUCAGGCUGGGACGCGGACGAUAGCUGGUCCAACGAGAAGGAAGGGCCGGGUCAGAGCUCCGCGGGCGAGGAGGGCUGGGGCAACGACUGGGGGGAGGAGGACACAGACACGACUUUGACCAAUACAACGCUCCCCCAGCCCGAAGGAGUGCGGUUAGCCAGCGAGUACAACUGGGACAGCGGCAGCUCGGCCACCGUGGGAGCCAAUCAGAACGAUCUGUUCGCCAGCGUGUCCCAGAGAAACACAGCCGGCACUCCCACGACUGGAGAGGGCUGGGCUGCAGAGGCAGCAGGAGAAUGGGGAGCUGAGGAGAGCUGGGAGUCGGUGGAUGGAAACCAGGGAGGUCUCAGCAAGGCCGAGCUGUCCAAGAAGAAACGGGAGGAGAGGAGGAAGGAGCUGGAGGUGAAACGGGCAGAGCGCAAAGCUGCUAAAGGUCCUCUCAAAUUGGGCGCACGCAAGCUGGACUGAAGGGGCUGCACAGAGAGGUUUGAGGGCAAAGAGGACCAGAGAACAUGGACCAGAGUGACUGGGUGCCUGACAUUCCACAGACAGAGGACCGGGGUGGAGUGUGAGCCGCCAGAGGACUGGGCUUAAAGAUUAUCUGUCUUACUUCCUUCAGGAACUUACUGAUGAGUGAAGAAGCAUCAAUCCAGCGCUUUAUAAAUGCAUUGUGGAUGACAGAGCUUAAAAACAAAGAUACAGAAAAGUGGAAAAGCGCCACAGAGCAGCACUCCUACAAAAACGUCCCCUCCGUUUUAUCCCUUUUUCUUUUAAAUACAUAAAUCAUAAAGUUGUAAAGUAAAUGUAUAUACAUGGUGCAUCUGGUCUUAUAAUGAAAUGGCACUUUUCUUCUUUUUUUUAAUAACUGAGAAAUAUAUAUAUAACAGAAUCAAACCUGUAUUAUUAUGCUGAAUGUUUUUCAGUGAACACACACAUCAACACAUCAACACACACACACAUGCACACAUACACACAUACAGUGUAUAUGAAUGUUUUAGUUCAACUGUCACUAACUAUCUCAGAUGUAAGGCUUAAAAUGGAUCCCUGCAUGCUUUUGUGUAUUUGUGUGGCCUAACAAAUAUGUUCAUUUAACUUUGCACAUCCAACACUGUAUUUUACUGAACUGUCCUGACAGGAGACAUGUUUGACUGGUUUCAGAUCUGCAAAGGUGUCACAGGCCCUGCAGACACAUGAAGCAAAUACCUAGUUAGAUUGAUGCUGGUGAAUUGGUUUUAAAGUGAAAUCAAUUAACAUAAUGUUUACAUGCCUUUUCCUAUGGGUCCUAGUAGUGCUCUGGUGGAGGUUUUCCUAAAUCCAAAAAGUUUUAUUUUGAAAUGUUUUGAAGGAAUCUGUAUCAACCUUGAGGCAUCAUUUGAGGAAUUUAGAUGUACCUACCAAUUGUUGUUGACAGUAUUUGGUGUGCUAAUGGUAAAAGAGUUUUCUACAAGUUCCCUUAUACUCUUUUAUUUGUGCCUUUAAAAAAAACAAACAGAUCUGCUCUGUAGGAUCACAUCCAACAACAUAAGUUUUUAAUAGACAUUUCAAACUGAAAUGUCUUCCCAUCGACAGAUUUUGUGAUUUUAACGAACCUUUCCCCCAUAUUUCAUGCCUGUGUUGGAUGUGGUGUGUGAAGGUACACUGCCCUCACUCUUAAGGACCUACAUGAUGCCCAAAAGACACAAUCCGCAUCCAUUAUCAUUGGAGCUUAUGUCCUGGUAAGAAAUAUGUGAUUAGUUCAGGAAGACUGAGAAGUGUGAAUGCAACCUUUACUGAGAAUCUUGUAGCAUGUGAGCUGUUCUUAAAAUAAAUAUGAGGAAAAUGAA